AUGGCAACAGACUUCAAGUCCAUACCCAUAAUCGAUAUUGGUCCCCUUUUGGCCAAGUGUGAUGAUCCCAAAAUGGGUCAAGACUCUGGUGUUGCUCAAGUUGUCAAACAAUUAGAUCAAGCUUGUAAAGAGGCUGGCUUUUUCUAUGUGAAAGGCCAUGGUAUUCCUGAGACUCUACUCAAACAAGUCAAGAAUCUAACACGCAAGUUUUUUGAGCUUCCAUAUGAAGAAAAACUCAAAAUCAAGAUGACUGCAGAUAGUGGAUACAGGGGAUAUCAGAGAAUUGGGGAGAACAUAACCAAAGGUGUACCUGACAUGCAUGAAGCCAUUGAUUGCUAUAAAGAACUGAAACCAGGGAUGUAUGGAGAUCUUGGAAAACCCAUGGAAGGAUGUAACCAAUGGCCAAUUAAGCCCACAAACUUCAAGAUGCUGAUGGAGGAAUAUGUUAGCCUCUGCACAGAACUUUCAAGAAAUAUAAUGCGUGGAAUUGCUUUAGCAUUGGGUGGUUCACCAUAUGAAUUUGAAGGUGAAAGAGCUGGAAAUGCAUUUUGGGUGAUGCGGCUCAUUGGUUACCCAGGUGUACACUCUGCUAAUGACUCAGACAUUCCAAAGGAGGACAUUGGAUGUGGAGCUCACACUGAUUAUGGUUUGUUGACAUUGGUUAAUCAGGAUGACGAUAUAACUGCACUUCAGGUGAGAAACCAUUCGGGCGAGUGGAUAUCAGCUCCUCCUGUUCCGGGAACAUUUGUCUGCAAUAUCGGAGACAUGUUAAAGAUUUACUCAAAUGGUUUAUAUGAGUCUACUUUGCAUCAAGUUAUCAACUCCUCCCCAAAAUAUCGGGUCUGUGUGGCAUAUUUCUAUGAGACAAAUUUCGAUACAGCAGUGGAGCCUCUGGAUAUUUGUAAAGAGAGGACAGCUGGAGCAAAGAAAUUUGAAAGAGCUGUUUACGGAGAACAUUUGGUUAAAAAAGUCCAAACAAACUUCGUUUAUUAG